GAUUCUCUUGCAACCCUAGCUUUGCAAAAGCCCAAGGCGGCCGUUGGCUUUUCAAACACUAAACAACCAAGAUCCUCUAGCUCUAAGGCACCCGUACUUCCUCUUCCCCUUCUUGGAUCGAUGGGUUACCCUAAAAGGAGCACGGAGAAGUAGACACGAAGAAAUGGCUGGUCUCGAAGAUGACUGGGACUUCAGCGCCGAGGAGCUCGAACUCCUGGAGCAAGAUGCCAUGAGAAAGAUUGCGGAGAGGAAGUCGUCCUCUGCCACAGCAGGCGCGUCGUGUCGCUACAAUUCCGUUGCACAUCUUUCACCGCGUGCCUCUGCUUCUGUUUCCAGUCCUUGUCAUGCAUCUCCGUCAAGAACUUCUUUGGAAUAUCGAUAUGGCAAGGUUGAUGAUCCCUCAGGAUUGCUUGAUGAUAUCUCUCUAGGCACCAAUGACUUGCCUCAUUUCUUUGUUAGAUUUUAUCUUCAUUCUUCUGGUCUCAUUGCUGCAAAGUUCCCUUAUAAUCCGAUUCUAGUGCAGGCAGUUCACAAAGUUCCAAAAGCUAGCUGGCGACCACAAGAAAGGUUAUGGACGUUCCCUCUUUCCUCUUUGAAGAUAGCUGAAGAAGUUUUUGGUGAAGUGAGUGGUGCUAAUGUAGAGUUGCAGAGUCUAGACCCAUUGGUAUGUCGUGCGCUUGCUGCUGCAAAUGCUGCCCCAAACCUUUUAGCUUUAUAUGAUAGGAUACCAAGCUCCUUGGAAUCAAAACUUUUGCCAUUUCAGCGUGAAGGAGUAAGGUUUGUGUUACAGCAUGGCGGACGUGCUCUGUUGGCGGAUGAAAUGGGGCUUGGAAAGACAUUACAGGCACUUGCAGUUGCUUCUAGCCUUAGUGAGUCCUGGCCUGUUCUUGUUUUGACACCCUCAUCCUUGCGUUUGCAUUGGGCUUCUAUGAUUCAACAAUGGCUUGGCAUCCCUGCAGGAGAUAUACUGGUAGUCUUAUCUCAAGCUGGAUCAAAUAGAGGAGGUUUUAAGAUAGUUUUUUCAAGCCAGAAGGUAGAUCUUCAACUGGAUGGCACUUUCAACAUAGUAUCCUAUGAUACAGUCCCUAAAGUACAGAAUGCCCUUUUGUCUUUCGCCUUUAAGAUUGUAAUUGCAGAUGAAUCACAUUUUUUGAAGAAUGCUCAAGCUAAGAGAACCAGUGCUUCACUUCCAAUUCUGCAGAAAGCUCAAUAUGCAAUGUUACUAAGUGGAACUCCUGCUUCAUCACGACCUAUUGAGUUAUUUAAACAGCUAGAAGCCUUGCACCCUGAAGUGUAUAGAAGUGUGCACGAGUAUGGCAAUCGAUAUUGCAAGGGUGGUUUUUUUGGAUUAUACCAAGGGGCCAGCAACCAUGAUGAGCUGCAUAGUUUGAUGAAAGGAACUGUGAUGAUUCGUAGGCUAAAGAUUGAUGUUCUUUCAGAGCUCCCUGUGAAGCGCCGACAGCAGGUAUUCCUGGACUUGAAUGAAAAAGAAUUGAAAAAGAUCAGGGCCUUGUUUCAUGAGUUGGAGUUGGUGAAGAGCAAAAUCCAGAUAUGUAACUCUGAAGAAAAUUUAGAGGCACUAAAAUUUACUCAAAAGAAUCUUAUCAACAAGAUAUAUAAUGAUUCAGCUGAAGCUAAAAUACCCGCAGUUCUUGAUUACUUGGGUACUGUCAUUGAGACAGAUUGCAAAUUCCUAGUAUUUGCACACCAUCUACCAAUGAUUGAAGCGUUGCAUAAUUUUUUUUUGAAGAAGAAGGUUGGUUGCAUUAGAAUUGAUGGCAGUACUCCAGCAACAUCAAGACAAGCUUUAGUUACUCAAUUUCAGGAUAAAUCUGAAAUUAAAGCAGCAGUCCUUUCUAUUCGAGCCGGAGGCGUUGGGCUAACUCUGACAGCAGCAAGCACCGUCAUCUUUGCUGAGCUUUCUUGGACCCCAGGUGAUUUGAUUCAAGCAGAAGAUCGUGUUCAUCGCAUUGGUCAGGUAGCAUCAGUAAAUAUAUACUAUCUUCUAGCUAACGAGACUGUUGAUGACAUAAUCUGGGAUGUUGUGCAAAGCAAAUUGGAGAAUUUAGGCCAGGUACUUGAUGGUGAGGAAAAUAAGCUCGAGGUGGCAAGCUCCCAAACAAUUAGCAGCAGCCCUGCAAAGCAGAAAACCUUGGAUUCCUUCCUUAAACGUUGCCCCCGUUCUCCGACGGCUGCUCCCACAGCCAAAAUUCCAAAAUAUUGAAAGAAACAUUUUGUUCUCUCUCUCUCUCUCUCACUUUUGCAGCUGCUAUUAUGAUCUUUUUGGUGUAGUGGCGAUUGGGGGAGAUGGAGCUGCUCUCAACCCCUUCAGAUUCUUAUAAAAAAAAAUUAUAUAGUUAUAUUUAUGUGAUGAAAGUUUUAUCAGUAAAUACUUAUUCCAUUAUGUAUAUUAUAAAAUGUGCCCCUCUCUAAAUUCACGGUAAAUAAUUUCAUUUCUUCUCACAGCUUUGUCUGUCAGUGAGAUGGCAUUUUAUUCCUGCUAAUGAACAGACUUAAAGUUAGCCAAGAUA